AUUGAGAAUCCAGGUGGAAACGAAGGAAGCUGAAUUGAAAGAGCCAAAUUAAUGACGUUUUCACAGAUGAAACAGUAUUAAUCGGGAUUUCAGUAGCACACGGUGUGUAAACCAUCCCGAAAAUGACCUUCGAGAUUGAGAAAAAAUAAGUAAUUUAAUCACGUGGUCGUAGUAGCUGGCACCUAUUAGGCUGGUUGUAUUGGUGAAUUUAAGAGCGAUAACGAACUUCCUGUACCAACUUGUAAAAUUUAUUUCGUAGAAAGUGGGCAAAGCCAUCAUGAUCCCGAGUAAAAUCCACUUUAUUUCCUUUAUUUUCCUUGCCGGGAACAGCGAUGGUGGACGAGCGGCGUCCAUUUUCCUACUCUCUGCAUUCGUUGCUUCCCCAGAUCUUGGUUAUAUCUUUGGCGAUACCACCAACGCCCUACCGACGUUUGCUAUUUCUUCCCAUCUUUGUUAUUGCUUACUACCUUGUUUACCACACGACUACGGGCGAUAUCCUGUCUGACCUAUCCAUCGGUGCGACCGUCCCCCCCCUCGUUGCCAGCGCCCUCGACUACAUCCUCCUCACCGAACCCCAAAUGGAACUGUUCCAGACUGGGCAGAUCAUCCCCCAGGCAGCCUUUCCAGACUUGCAAUCGCGUCUUAAAUGGAGCUUGUGCCUCCUCACCAGUCAAAGAGGCAUUGGAUGGGCACACGAAGCGCCCAAUCUCCCAGCCUCGCCGUACACGGCUGCCACAUCCCGAUGGCGCUUCGUCCUCGACCGGAUAGUGCAGAGUGCAGUGUGGUUGAUUCUUUGGGACGCUGCAGCAAUGUACACGCGGUACCGGCCUUCCUUCUAUAUCAGCGGUUCUGAGGAAACGACGUUCCUGGGCAAGUGUGCUUUCGUGUGGGGUUGGGGAGUGCCGGCGAUUGCGGCGCUGACGAUAAAUCACGCGUUGCUCAGUGCAGCAAUGGUGGCUAUAGACAAGUGGGAUGUGCAGACAUGGCGACCGUUCUAUGGGAGCUGGUCGGAAGCAUAUACGGUGCGCCGGUUCUGGAGCCGGACCUGGCACCAACUCCUUCGAAGGAACAUAACCACCCCAGGCCAUCGCCUUGUCUCCCAGCUUUCCCUCCCAAAAGACUCCGUCCUUGCAGGGUACAUCAAACUAUACACCGCCUUUUUCGUGUCGGGAUGGAUUCAUCACAGCUCUGACUACAUGGUCCUGGGGUACCACGGCGGGGCGCUCAAGUUUUUCAUGUCCCAGGCGCUCUGUAUCACAGUGGAGAGCGCCGUCCUGGCUUUGGGUCGGCGCUUAGGCCUCGUGGGCAGUCGUAAUCUGCUCUGGCGCAUCGUAGGGUAUAUUUGGGUUCAAUCAUGGUUCGCCAUGUGCUUGCCCAUGUAUAUCAACCCACAGAAUAGGGCAGGGGUAUCAGAGGCUGGUGUCAACCCUGGAAUUAUCGAAGGGCUC